GCGUAAACAUUUAGACACGUCCUUUGCGCGUUUGUGUGUUUGUGUGGUUGCGGUGCGGGCUGUGUGAGGAAUGGGCGUGGCUGGAAAUUACGGCUAAGUGCCGUUUAUAAAUGCGAUAUAUUUUUAUAUAAGUGUUCAGUUGCACGGGAGUGUGAUUUACGGCUUAGUCAUUUUCAGUCGAAGAAACUUAUCGAUCAUUUUUUGCCAGUUUAAUGGUGCGCUAUAAUUGUCGACCUAUCUUAUAACAUGACAGAGGCUUGUGUGGAUGCUCCAGAAGGGGUCCUUUCUCCACACCAGACGUUCACAUUGCCCAGGUACAACAUGAGCGAUGUGCUGAACCGAAUGAAUGCUAGAGACAGUCAGAAGAGUGCCACGCUUGCCAAAAUGGAAGGUAACACUGAUCUGAACUCAGACCUUCCCAAGCUCCGCAGAAGACCUUCGAUGAGGGGUUUCAGCAACUUUAUCGACCGAAUGGUGAGGACUGUUACUACUCUACCCAGGGACAAGCAUUCAAGAAAGUAUGAUGGCUCAAGAGUGGAUGAAGCAUGUGACUACAUUCAAUACGGCACUGAUGAAGUCCCUGGAGUGGUUGGCUUGAGCAAUCAUGGAAAUACAUGCUUCAUCAACGCAGUAUUGCAGUGUCUUAGCAACACUGAUGUCCUAGCUGAGUACUUUGUGACUGGCCAGUAUCGAGCAGACCUCUGCAGACGGACCCGCGCCAACGCCAAGAAGUUUGGCACCAAGGGGGAGGUGACUGAGCAGCUUGCUGUGACCUUGAAAUCCAUAUGGUCUAGGCAGUACAACUCUGAGGUUUCGUCACAGUUCAAAGUGUAUGUGGAGAAGUACGGCAGCCACUUCAGAGGAAAUGAGCAGCAUGAUGCCCAGGAGUUCCUCAUGUGGCUGCUGGACAAGGUCCAUGAGGACCUCAACACAGCAACCAAGAAAAAGUACAGAAAAAUAAAGGGCUCCCUCGGAAGGCCAGAUGAGGUCGUGGCAGCAGAAACCCUGGCAAAUCACCUCAGAUGCAAUGCCAGCUUUGUCCAAGACAUCUUCCAGGCCCAGUUCAGGUCAUCGCUGCGCUGUCCGAACUGCCGCAAGGAGAGCAACACGUUCGACCCCUUCCUCUGUGUCAGCGUGCCCAUUCUGCAGCGUCAGAUCCGGCCGCUCAUCGCCACACUCGUCUACGCCAAUCAGCAGCCGCGACAGGUGCGGAUGGGUUUCAGCGUGGAGAGCGGCUCGUCGGUGGCGGACUUCAAGUCUGUGAUAGGUGCCGACACGGGUCUGGAUCCUGACCGACUCCUGCUGUGUCAGCUGGACGAUACGGGCUUCACACAGACUCUACAGGACGCUGACGCCGUGUGGACGAUCGGCGACACGGAGCGUCUCUACUGCAUCGAACUGCCGCCGGCGUCCCGGGUCUGUGACGAGGACGCGCCGGUGACACUGGUUUGGGCCAACCUGUGCCUCUCCGAGUCGGGAGUACCACACAGGUUCGGCUCUCCGUACGUGAUGCAGGUGAGCCGGGACGUGCUGUACGAGGACCUGCAGAAGCUCAUGCUGAAGGAGAUGGCGGCCGUCGUGAAGCCGGACGUGCUCUCAUCAGCGCAGGAGGUGCCCCUGUUCACGGUCCGUGUGGUGGACGGCGUUCCCGUGGAUCACACGGUGCAGCACCCGCUCUUCACGGAGCCCGUGGAAGAGGCGCUGUCGGCCAGCGUCGGGCCGCCACACGUCACACUGCUGCUGGAGUGGGAACAGGACGCCAUCGACAGUGUGCUGGCCUCCACCGAGGACUGUGUGGAGGAACACCGGACUGUCCGAGAGGUGGCGCGGCACUCGCUCAGUCCCGUCACCCUGCAGGAGUGCCUCCAACUCUACACAAAGUCGGAGCGGCUCGGCCCGGAGGACAGCUGGCGGUGCCCCGGCUGUCAGUCCAGUCAGCAGGCUGAGAAGCGGCUCAGUCUCUGGUCGAUACCGGACAUCCUGGUCAUACACCUCAAACGCUUCAGACAGACGAACAACCAGCGGAGCACGUCCAAGUUGACCACGCUGGUGGAGUUCCCGCUGCAGCGACUGGACAUGUCGCAGCACCUGUCACACCGGCCCUCCGGCGCCGACUCCGCCCCCGGCGCCCUCAGCCUCCUCAGCGGCUGGUCGCCAUGGAAACGGCGCCAGCGCGGCGGCGCGGCGGCCGCGCGCGCCGGCGAGGUGUACGAACUGUACGCUGUGUGUAACCAUCAUGGGAAGGACCUGCAGAGCGGACACUACACUGCGCUGUGCCGUAACGCCACGGACGGCAACUGGUACCGGUACGACGACUCGCGAGUACAGCGAGUCGAGGAGGCGGCCGUUGUCAGUCCGGACGCGUACAUCCUGUUCUACCAGCGGCAGACGCUGAGGAACUGCGCAGCAGAGGCUACCCCGGAGAGCGGCGACCACCCGCGCCACUGGGCCUACCGGAUACCAGUGCGGGCGGCCGGAGACGCCGCCCCCGCCCCCGCCGCCGCCCCCGCCGCCGCCGCCCCCGCCCCGGCCGGCGCGGUGGGCGGCGUCUCGGAGGGAGAGGCGGCGGCAGACACCACCGCUACCGAGAGCUCGGAGCCCGCAGAGCCGGCGGCAGCCGCCACAGAUGAGGCGGCCGACAGCUCCCCGGCAGCCCCAGCAGCGGCAGCGGUGCAGGGCUCUCCGACCCGCCUGUCGCGCGGCGGCGUCUACAGCACGCUGCCGGCCGGCGGCGGCGCGCUCCGACCGCCGCAGGCCGACCACCCCUGCAGUGACGACGAGGCGCCACUGGCCAGCGAGGAGACGGUGGAGCUGGAGGGCGCGCUGACGCCACAGCUGCGGCCGCGACACGCCUCGGGCGGCGGCCCGGUGACGUCACCGGCCGGCGCAGUGACGUCACCGCUGGCGGCGCUGACCAAUGGCCAGGCGGCUGGCCGCGGCCGCUCGCCUUCCCGAAGAUCGGUGGAUAUGGACGAGAGGAUGCCCAGCCGGCCGCAGGUGAUCGUGAUCGGCCGGAACUCGUCCGAGCCGACCACAAACGGCGACGCCGCCCAUUUCGGCGACAAAAUCCAGAUAUUCGUGAGGCAGGCCGACGACAGCGCCCCUGCCGGCGACGCAGCCAAGCUCAAGUGCACGCCGCCAGUCACAGAUGGCGCUACUGCGCUGACCAACGGCCACCGCGCUCCCGAGGAGUCGCGGCUUUGAGUAGCGCGCGCGCGCGCCUUCUUACCGCCACCGCACUGUGCAAUGGUGGGCGGCCGCCGCCGCCCCCGCCCCCGCUCUAGCCCGCCGCCCACGCGCACACACAUAUCGCGCCUACGCGGGCUCGCGCGCGACGCGACGCGGGUGCUUUUCGAUAAUCGGUUUGUACACUGGCGCGCGGGCUUUGUAAGACCGCGACUGUGGCGCGCCGCCUGGCCUCGCGCCGGCGCGCGCUGUUCGGUCGCCUUGUGGCGCGAGACGGCGUCGCUGUGCAAAGCCUGGGUAUUUAUCGUGCAUUCUUCAAUACUAUUUUAAAGCAA